CGACGGGCGGUUCCGGCGCGCGCCCGGGGCGGCGGCGCGCAGCGGGGGGCGGUCGGGGUGCGCGCCCGCCGCAGUGGACGCCGCCGCGGCCGCCAUGCAGCUGACAGUGAAAGCGCUCCAGGGCCGCGAGUGCAGCCUGCAGGUGUCGGAGGACGAGCCGGUGUCCACGCUGAAACAUCUGGUCUCCGAGAAGCUCAACGUCCCCGUGCGCCAGCAGCGGCUGCUAUUCAAGGGCAAGGCCCUGGCAGAUGGGAAGAGACUCUCCGACUACAGCGUUGGGCCCAAUUCCAAGCUGAACCUAGUGGUCAAACCUCUGGAGAAGGUGUUGCUGGAAGAAAGCGCCGCCCGGAGACUGGCCGAGGCCCCACCCCCGCCGGCCCCCGCCUGGCAGCUCGUCUCCAAAGUCCUGGCCCGCCACUUCAGCGCUGCGGACGCGGCCAGGGUCCUGGAUCAGCUCCAGAGGGAUUAUGAGAGGUCCCUGAACCGCCUGACUCUGGAUGACAUCGAGCGCCUGGCUGGCCGCUUUCUGCACCCCGAAGUGACUGAAGCUGUGGAGAAGGGGUUCUCCAAAUAGGAUUCUCCGGUGUGGGGAGGAGCCCAGCCAGGCUACAAGCUGCAUGUAGCAUUAAAUGUGUUCUCCUGUUGCGAUUUGACUCAUAAUAAUAAUACGAAUAAGAAUAAUAGCCGGCAGGCACCCGGGUCCACGUACCUGGUUUGCGCUGGGGGCAGGCACAGCACACGCACUGGACGCGGCUCUCCCCCCGCCUCCCGUGAAAGGUAAGACAGUGAGGCAUCAAGCAGUGAAGCCGGGAAGCCAGCAUCUGAGCGUGGCCAGCUUCUAGAAGUGCCUCAGGGUGCAGAGGGGAAAAGGGGCUGUUGGACAGGUUCCAAGGGAUGGUCUUUGGCCUGUCAUGUUUAGGCCACUGAAAAUAAACCUCCAGAAACUCCUCAGGCCUGAAAGGAAAAGCAGCUGGCCCAGGCUGCCCAGUCCUGUCACCUGACCUCAGACAGGUUCAGGACAUUGGCAGGGGGUCAAGUGACAGCCAGCCCUGGGGCCCCCGCAGCUGCUGCAGCCAGUGUGCCCUCGACAAGGAAAAGUGGGUUAGGGAGUCGGAGACCUCUGUGGUAUGACCUCAGGCAAGUCCCAGUGCCACGCCGGUUCCUACUUGUUAACUCUGCACUGUGGUGGCCAUUCUUGAAACCUCCCUUUCCUUCAUCCUUACCCAGCCCCGGGGUGAGGGGUCUGUGCUCCAUACACACACAGGCCAAAAACCGAGCAGUGGCCAAGCAUGCGAUGUCUUGGUCCUUCGUGUCACAGCUCUUUGGGUUAACCUUUCCCUCUGCUUAUUUCCUCCUGGACAUAGGCAUGUCUCACCGAGGGAUGACAGGUGACUGACUUGAGGUCACUCAGCCUUGGCCAGGCCCCCACACCCUGCGCUUACCCACAGUGUGGAAGUAGACCCUUCCUCUGCCACAUGGACACAGGGCCUUUCCUUCUGCACACACCUCACUGCCUGAGGGGAGCGCUCAGAUUGCUGGGCAGGGGCUAGAAGCAUGGGCUGGUGGCCCCGCUCCCACCUUGUCCUGUGUGUGGGCACUAGAGGUCACUAGGCACCUGCUCCUUGGCAGAGGACACCCAGGACGGUCAAGGCCAGAAGGAAGCUGCCCUCCUGCUGGGCCUCAUGGGGUGAAUUCUGGGUGGCCAGGCAGGGAAGACAGAGGCCCAAAGGGUGAAAGCUUUGAAGAGCAGAAAGAAGUCCCUGCCUGCCCCCACCCCCCAGAGCUGGGAAUGUCAAACAGCAGGGAAGCUUCUCUGGCACUUUGCAAUGCUCUCAUUUUAUUUUGAGUCAGGAAAUUUUUGUUGAAAUUUCGAAUCCCACUAAAGGUGAGUGAGACGGACUCUGAACCGGAAGGAACUGCAUUUGGCAUCCAGUAAUGGGUUUAACCAUGAAAGAAACUGGUUUAAGCCAUAAAGGAAACACCGGUUGACCGAGCUGAGAAGUCCAGGGGUACUGGCAGCAGAUGGACGGUUCCGCCAGACGCACAGUCUCCUCCUGCCUCCCCUCUCCAGUCCAGGCCAUUGCCUCAGGAUCAAAAGAUGGCUGUUCUCCGUAUCCACGGACUCUCCUGUUCACAGCUAGCAAGGCGCACCUUCUCCCCCCGGGGUGUAGGUGUAGCUUCUUUCUCGGAUGCCCCCAGCAAAUAAAUGCUGUUCUCGUAUUGCUCAGG